UAGAUGAUGUACUGGAAUACCUCGCGCCAACUCUCGAGCAGUAUAAAGGCUGUACUAUUAUCGAUUUACAUCCUGGUUCGUGUCUAUGGUCGCGAAAAGUACACAAUCUGCUCAGGCCGAAAAGUCAUCUGCUCCUGGAACCCGAAUCGCAAUACCAGGAGUAUGUAGAUGACCUUGUGAACGAGCCGCAGUCGACCUAUAAGCACAUUGAUCUGCCAGGCGCGAUGCAUCAAGAGAUCGCGGCUACCUACAAUCAGCUUUUUCAGGACGACGGGCCCAUUCCGAUCUCAGACCGCGUCUCAAGCUCCGGGCCAUUGAACGCAACCCCUCCCAUUCUCGUAAUAGGGAGCCUGAACCGAAGGAAGAGCCUCAAAUACAGCGGCAAAUCUUUCAGCGGCUCGGUUGCGUCAAUCUACCACUUCUGUUAUGGCGCAUUAGUGAACGACUAUAUGCAUCGGUUCGGUCCCGCGAGAAUGCUGCUCUGGACUCCGGAACAAGAUAGAAUACAUUUUCUUCCAGAGAGAACCAUGUACAGGAACAAUUCUGAAGCUACUGUCUCCAUGGGCAUGCAUGUUCAGACUGCAGUUGCCGUGGAACAACUCAUUGCGAGAAGAAAACUGAACGAAUGGAGUUCUCGAUCGAGGUGGAGUGGCUUCCAUUUGGCCAGCGAAGACGUUGUCCGAGCCCGAGCUGUGCAAUAUGGCAUGAAGGUGCCGGAAGGCCGACAGCUUUUCCGCUUGGGUUCAGAUGGCAAAUGCAGCCCCAAAAAGCAGGCUGCCACAGACUCCCCAUAUCAGAUUCGUUACAAAACGAAGGAGCAGGUUGGGGAAGCACUUGAGCAGCUUCUACGGCGUUGGAACGAGCGCACCACAGGGCGGCGCUUUCCAAUCAAGACUGAUCUUCCGCACGGCAAAGUCCCUGUCGAAAAAUUGUACCAGUAUCUGACGUUUCCGGAGCUGGCGGAUGCUUUAUGCGAAGAUCCAUCCAAAUCGUUCAAGGCUGCGGCACGAACCAAAACCCGGUCAGACUCGGGAAUACAACACGGAUCACUGCCAAAAUUGGAGAUGGAGUCGUCGGCAUGGAAGGCUAAGCCGGGCAACUUGACCAUGCUGACCGGUACCGACGUCAGAAUUGCCUUUUUUGCCGAUGCUGCUCUCUGUGGCAUUAGCCUCGAGCUCCACUGCAAAAUCCUCGAAGAGCAUGGCGUCGAUGUCACCGAGCUGAAGGAAAGCCUCAUAAAGUUUGCCGACACGAUUGUGGAACAGGUUGAGCGUAAAAGACAAGUCUACUAUGCGGACUUCCACCGACUUGUAGAUGACUGGACGUCUUUCUUCGCGCCCUCACAACUUCUGAUGGCAGAUAGAAGGCAUUAUGAGCCACUUCAGGCGGAUCCAGCUGAUUUUAACGCAAACCAGAAUCUUUGCUUAUUGGACUGCAUACCGACAAAUUGCGACCUCGAGGUUCCAGGAUUGGCGGACCGUCGCCAGGCUGCGCUCGCUUGUAGGGAUAUCAUUAACUUUCUGUAUCAAUACAGGGGCCAGAGCGUGACAUCUGCGCUCGAGAAGUUGGCACCCAAUGCCUCGACGGAUUUGGUCAACUUGGUGCCUGCGAUCACAGAUCCGAGGAAGGGUGGCAGACUUGAUCCGAAGCACCUGAAGGUUCGACAGCUGACAUGCGAAAUGCUGGAAGGAUUGACAAAAGCUUGGUUCGAAUGGCCAUUUAAGCCCGAUGGCUGGGAGUUGAGUAUUUCGAUCUCGGAUGGCGACUACUCGAGGACGGGCAAUACCGGACCUCUAACACCUGAAGCUGUGACUGCUAGCGAUGAUAGUGAUAUCCUCGACUAG